AUGGCUGACAGCAAGGACGCCAAUUCAGCUCAGGCUGAGAACUACGAGAAGGGUGCGUCGGCUGAGCAAGGUCGUCGUCGCUCUGUUGCAGAUGCCAACAGAGGCAAGAACUUGGACGCCAAAAUCUCCAAUCCUCUUGCUGAUGUUCCACGCGACGAGCUCUUUGCCGAUGUUGAACGAUUUGCUCAACGCACCGGCCUCACAGCUGAGACUGAGCUUCUGAAGAAGGGCGCGCUCGUGGCUCAAAAUCCUGCUGGCUUCGAAGACCUUGAUCUUGCCGAAGACGAGAAGGAUGCUCUGCGCGUUGAAGUCAACAAGAAAUGGAGCCACCCAUGGAAGCUCUACAUGACCGUAAUUGUCUGCUCGAUCGGUGCAGCCGUGCAGGGCUGGGAUCAGACGGGCACGAACGGUGCCAACCUCUCGUUUCCUGUGGUCUUCGGUCUGUCUGAUGAGGCGACCGGAACUCCCUUCACUGACCGCGAGUUCUGGAUUAUCGGACUUGUCAAUGGCAUGUCUGCGCCAUACAUGGGUAGUUGCUUCUGUGGCUGCUGGCUGUCGGACCCGAGCAACUACUAUCUCGGCCGUCGUGGUACUAUCUUCGUCUCUGCUCUCAUCCUGAUCGCUACACCAAUCGGUGGUGCAGUCACUCAUACCUGGGAACAACUCUUCGCUACUCGCAUCAUUAUGGGCGUUGGAAUGGGCUUGAAGGGCGCCACAACUCCUGUGUUCUGCGCAGAAAAUGCUCCUGCUGCAAUUCGAGGUGCUUUGGUCAUGACCUGGCAGUUCUGGACCGCUUUCGGCAUCUUCCUCGGCACAGCAUUCAACCUCGCCGUCUGGAACGCAGGUCCAAUCGGCUGGCGUCUACAACUCGGCUCUGCAUUCAUUCCUGCGGUCCCUCUGGCCGUGCUUGUGUACAUGUGCCCAGAGAGUCCUCGCUGGUACAUCAAGCACAAGAAGCCAGCUAAGGCUUGGGCAUCGUUGCUGAAGCUGCGCAACCACCCCAUCCUUGCUGCUCGAGACCUUUACUACAUUAGCACUCAGAUUGAGAUCGAAGAGCAGAUCGUGGGCGAGACUAGUUACCUCAGCCGCUUCAUGCAACUGUUCACAAUCCCACGUGUACGACGAGCGACUCUGGCGUCAUUUGUCGUCAUGAUUGCACAGCAGAUGUGUGGUAUCAACAUCAUCGCAUUCUACUCCUCCACCAUCUUCAUCCAAGCCGGUACCUCUCAGUUCACGGCGCUACUCGCCUCCUUCGGCUUCGGCGCAGUCAAUUUCGUCUUCGCCAUCCCUGCGUUCUUCACGAUCGACACCUUUGGCCGCCGCACACUGCUGCUCUUCACUUUCCCCCAAAUGGCCUGGACGCUCUUGGCCGCUGGGUUCUCCUUCUACAUCCCCGAUUCCUCCGCCGCCCAUCUCGGUCUCAUUGCCUUCUUCGUCUACCUCUUCUGCGCCUUCUACUCGCCUGGUGAAGGACCUGUUCCGUUCACAUACUCGGCUGAGGUCUUCCCGCUUUCGCAUCGCGAGGUCGGCAUGGGCUGGGCCGUCGCUACCUGUCUCUUCUGGGCCGGUGUCCUAGGCUUGACCUUCCCCAAGAUCCUCAACGCCUUCACACCCACAGGCGCAUUCGGCUUCUUCGCAGCCUGA